UUAUCAUGCAUAUAUGCGUGUAUAAAUUGGCUUCCCAGCCCGUGUGGCAAACAUAUGAACUCAGAGUUUCCCAAAACUAGGCGGCUCUUGUUUAGGUUUCAGACCAGAGAAGAGUAAGGCAGUACAAUGGCGUCGGCUGGCGGGGCAACACUGUACUCAGAGCAGUUGCCGCCGGCCAUGUUGCAGCGGCGGUCGGCGAACUACCAGCCCAAAACUUGGGACUACGACUCCAUUUUCUCCAUGCAGUAUGCCAAUAAGCCUAGCAAGCAAAUAAGCUCAGUUGAGGCGAGCUUGAAGCAGAGAGUGAGGCAGCUGUUGCUCAAAGAGGACCAGGAAGUGGCUACUAGGCUCAGGAUCAUCGGUCAGCUGCAAAGCUUAGGUGUGGCGUACCAUUUCGAGGAGGAGAUCACAAGAAUCCUCAUGUCCAUGCAUGUGCAUGAUGCAUACCUUCAACUCAAGCACGACCUUUCUUCAACAGCGCUGCUGUUUAGAAUGCUUAGAGCACAUGGAAUUCCUGCAUCAAUAGAAAUACUGGGUGCAUUCUGCGAUAGCACUGGUGAUCUGGAAGCUGCGAAUCCUAGCUUAGACAGCGAUGGACUCGUUGCACUCUAUGAGGCUUCCUACCUGGCCUUUCCAGGAGAGGCCAUGCUCGACAGAGCAAGAGCAUUCGCCGUCAAGAGACUCCAAGAACUGAUGCCCUCCAUGAAACCUUACCAGAGGGAAAAGAUUAGGGACGUUCUGCUAGACCUCCCUCUGCACUGGAGAGCUCCCAGGUUGCAGACGAUACAAUCGCUGGAAGAGCAUCGCGGCGACGAGUACGAGACCUGCCGGGAUAUGAUCGAUCCGUCCGUUCUGCAGCUGGCUGUGCUGGACUUCAACCUGGUGCAAGCUGUGCACCGGUCGGAGCUCCUGGAGGUGACGAGAUGGUGGAAGGAGACCGGGCUCGGGGAGAAGCUCCCGUUCGCCCGGGACCGGCUGGUGGAGUGCUUCUUCUGCGCGGCGUGCAUCGCGCCGGAGCCCUGCCUCGCCGGCUGCCGCGAGGUGCUGGCCAAGGUCGGCGUCCUCAUCGUCCACCUCGACGACGUCUACGACCUCUACGGCACGCUCGACGAGCUCGCCAUGUUCACCGACGCCGUCGGUGCGUGGUCGUCGGCUGCGGUGGCGCUGCCGGAGUACAUGAAGGCGAUGUACUCAGCCAUCCGGUCGACGUCGGCGGCGGCGGCGGAUCGCGUGAUGGAGGAGCAGGGAUACGACGUGCUCCCGCUCUACAAGAAAGCAGUACGUACGUGGCAUGAGCUGUGUAAGGCGUUCCUGGUAGAGGCCAAGUGGCAGCACGAGCGGACGAUGCCAAGCUUGGACGAGUACCUCGACAACGGAUGGAUCACGUCCACGGGGCCUCUCCUCCUGCUCCACGCUUUCACCAUGCUCCAGCACACGCAGCAGCAGCAGCAGCAGGACUCAUGGCUGCGCGACGACGACGACGAUGGCAGCAAGGACAUGGUGUACCCGAUGCUGAUUGAGCUAUGUUCCAGGGUCUUCCGGCUCUGCAAUGACCGCGCGACGCACGAGGCAGAGUCCGAGCAGGGUGAGGGGCCGUCGUUCAUCGCCUGCCACAUGGCAGAGGCCGGUGGCGGCGCGAGCGAGGAAGAUGCCCGUGGCGCGGUGGCCGACACCAUCGCCGAGACGUUGAAGGAGGUGAACAGGGAGGUGGCCUUCAGAAGCACGGGCGCGGCCAACAGCCUCUGCGUCAACCUGGCCAGAAUCAUACAGGGCAUCUACCGCGACGGCGACGGCAUCACCUCGCCGACGGACAGCCGGAAACGGCUUGUGAAGGACCUGCUCUUCACGCCUGCUGAUCUUGACAUUUGUGAUCCAUUAGACUAGUCACAAUGCAUAGUAUCAUAUAGAAGUAUCAUGCGUAUGAUACUACUACAUGUUACUAUCUUCACAAUGCAUGGUAUAUCAUAUACUAGUAUCAUAGUCUUCGUAUAUUAAUUGUUUUGUAGAAUCUCAAUGCAAAUAUAUGUACAAGAUUUACUUGACAUUAAAAUUUUCUAGUAGUAUGUGCUA